CUCCGGGGGCGGCGGCGGCGCCGGGUGUGGCCAUGGAGGGGUUGCGGGGGAGGGGCCACGAACCCCACUUUUCCCGACGGAUCCUGGAGGAGCCUCCAGGGGAGGAGGAGGAAGAACCAGGUGAAGAAGAACUUGGUGAAGAACCAGGUGAGGAAGAGGAACCAGGGGAGGAGGAACCAGGGGAGGAGGAAGAACCAGCUGAGAAGGAAGAACUUGGUGAAGAACCAGGUGAGGAGGAAGAACUUGGUGAGGAAGAACCUGAUGAUGAACCAGGUGAAGAAGAAAUUGAAGAACCAGCUGAUGAAGAACCUGGUGAGGAAGAAGAAGAACCAGGUGAUGAAGGCCAAGAGACCACUCAGGUGGCACCAGGAGGAGCCUCCUGCGCCCAGGUGAGGCCUCCAGGUGAGGCCUCAGCCCCUCCCCUGCGCCGGCGGAAGCCUCGCCUGUACCUGAACCCCCGGCGGCCCCGCCCCAGCCAGGAACACCUGGAGAGCCCCGAGGAACCUGGACCUUCCCACGGGAACCACCUGCAGGUGCUGUGGGGGCGCCCGGGUGAGCUGGGCCACGCAGGUGAGCUGAGCCCAGACGAGCUGGGCCACGCAAGUGAGCUGGGCCCAGAUGAGCUGAUCCCAGGUGAGCUGGGCCCAGGUGAGCUGAGCCCGGGCGAGCCCAGCCAGGCCUUCGUGCAGCUCAUCGACGAGCGCGGCGUCUACUCCACGGCCAAGCUGGUGCUGGGCGGGCGCGGCGGCGCCGGUGCCGCGAGCCCCGCGGGCGAGGCGGAGUGGGCGGAGCCGCCGGGCGAGGCGCCGGCGCCGCUGGAGAUCCGGCGGGUGAUCGUGGCCGAGAAGCCCUUCCAGUGCCCCGUGUGCCACAAGGGCUUCAAGCGGGCGUGGGAGCUGCUGAGCCACGAGGUCGUGCACACCGAGGCGCGGCCCUUCACCUGCCAGGCGUGCGGGGCCACCUUCAAGCGCCACUCGGACUUCAAGAGCCACGGGCUGGUGCACACCGAGGAGCGGCCGCACCGCUGCGACCUGUGUGGCAAGCGCUUCAAGCGCUCCUCCAACCUGCAGGAGCACCGGCGCAUCCACAGCGGGGAGCGCCCCUUCGCCUGCCCGCGCUGCCCCAAGGGCUUCAAGACGCCCUACGAGCGCCAGCGGCACGCCCUGACGCACCUGGGCGCCGACAAGCCCUUCCGCUGCGGCGACUGCGGCAAGGAGCUGGCGACGGGCGCGGCGCUGCAGCUGCACCGGCGGCAGCACUGCGAAGACAAGCCUCACGCCUGCGGCGUCUGCGGCAAGAGGUUCACCUACGGGCACUCGCUGAAGGUGCACGAGCGGGUGCACACCGGGGACCGGCCCUUCACCUGCGGCCUCUGCGGCAAGGGCUUCAAGCAGAGCAACGCGCUGGCGUCGCACGAGCGGGUGCACACGGGCGAGCGGCCCUUCGCCUGCCGCACCUGCGGCAAGGCCUUCAAGCAGUCGUCCUACCUGGCCAUCCACCAGCGCGCGCACACGGGCGAGCGGCCCUACGGCUGCGAGGCCUGCGGCAAGGCCUUCGCCCGGCCCUCGCUGCUGCUGCAGCACCGGCGCGUGCACAGCCAGGCCCGGCCCUACGAGUGCAGCUUCUGCCACAAGUUCUUCAAGGACCUCGCCUACCUGGGCGUGCACGAGAAGGUGCACACGGGGGAGACGCCCUACAAGUGCGGGGUGUGCGCCAAGGGCUUCGCGCACCCCUCCAACCUGCUGCAGCACCAGCGCGUGCACAGGGACACCUGAGCGCCGGGGCGGGGCGGCCGGGGCGGGGGCGCGCCCCUAAAACCCGGUGCGGACCCCGAAAAGCUGAUGGACCUGUGUCAGGACACCUGAGAGACAGGUGAAGGGAGCCAGGACAGGUGUGCACCCUGAGAACCUUCAGCAGCAACACCUGAACUGUGACACCUGAGCCCCAGGUGAGCGGACCCUGGACCUGCACACCUGGACAGGUGUGGUCCCCAAAACCAGCACCUGAACCACGACACCUGAGCUGUGACAUCACUGGACACACCCCCAGGACCUGUGGGACCCCCGACACACCUGAGGCCAGGUGUGCACACCUCACCUGAGCCCUCACCUGGAUUUUUGGGGUGGAACAGCCACACCUGGCGCCCCAGGUGCACCUGGGACUGGGCAGGUGCUCACCUGGAUCCUUCUUCCCAGAUUCCUCGAUCCCGGAUUUGUCCCCCUUUGGAUGGGACAACUCACCUGUAGGCACCUAAGUCUCACCUGUGGGCACUUGAGGCUCACCUGAGUCUCACCUGUGGACACCUGGGACUCACCUGUCCCACCUGGGUGGUACCUGUAGUGCUGGGGGUGGGGUCUGGGUGCACCUGGGCGGGGCAUAUGCUAAUUAAAUGAUGGUUAAUUAAUGACA